AUGGUGAAUGUUACGUGGUCGCCCACAAAGCAGGCUAAAAGGAUUCCACUUCCUAAAUGUUUACGAGAAGGCACUUUGGAUUCAAUGCAAUUUUGGGUUUAUGAUGAGGCUACUAUGUCAGUGGUGAUCAAGCUGAAGAGAAACCAAUAUCGCAUUGUUGAUCCCAAAGACUUGUUGAAGUUUGGUGAACGUGAUAUUCGCACUUUGUCAAACUUUCAAAUAAUCGUUGAGAAUGAAUUGUUUGAAACUGUUGCAAAAGCCUUCACUGGAAUGGUAACUAUAAUAAUUGACAAGAAGUUGUGGAAUGGGGCAUUUGAUCAGGCAUACGUGCAUCUCAUGGAAAACCCUUGA